CACGCCGGGCUCGGCUCGCACAGCCGGUUCCUCUUUACAUAACGGCGCGGGGCGGCAUGGGCCCGGGCCACCGCCUCCGCCCGGCCGCCCGCCCGGACUGUCGCGGCCCGCGGAGGCCACGGCGGCCGCAGCGAAGUUGUCCCGGCGGCGUCCCGGGGGCGCAUCCUCUCGCAACUGUCAGGCGCUGGCGGCGGAAAUGAUGAGGCUCUGGCCAUCUUCCGAGCCGGGGUUUCCUGCCUGAGCCCCGCUCGAGCGAGAGGCGAGCGAGGAGCCGACGCGCCCGGGGCGGGGGCCCGCCCGCCCCCUCGAGGUCUCGGGGGGCCGGGGCGCGCGACGCCAUGGGCCGGCCGGGCCCGUGCCCCGUCUCUCUCAGCCUGGCCGCCCCACGUCGGUCUCCACCAUGAACGGGCCCAGCCUGCAGCCGUCCUCCGCGUCCUCGGCCUCCCCGGCGCCCACGGCCUCCCCGGCGGCGGCCCCGUGCCCCCGGGGCUGGAGCGACUUCUGCGAGCUGCACGCCGUGGCCGCGGCCCGGGAGCUGGCCCGCCAGUACUGGCGCUUCGCCCGCGAGCACCCGCAGCACGCGCCGCUGCGCGCCGAGCUCGUGUCGCUGCAGUUCACCGACCUCUUCCAGCGCUACUUCUGCCGCGAGGUGCGCGACGGGGCCCGCGCCCCCGCGGCGGCGCGCGACUACCGCGACACGGGCCGCGGGGCCCCGGCCAAGGCCGAGGCGGCCACCGCCGAGCCCGGCCCGGGCCCCGCCGGCCUGGCCCUGCCCAAGGCCCGCAGUUCCGAGGAGCUGGCCCCGCCGCGGCCGCCCGGCCCCUGCUCCCUGCAGCACCUGCGCCGCAGCCUCCGCCACAUCUUCCGCCGCCGCUCGGCCGGGGAGCUGCCCGUGGGCGCCGCCGCCGGGGAGGCCGGCGAGGGCGCGGCCCGGCCCGGCCUGGCCCGCAAGCUCCUGCCUUGGAACCUGGCGCGGGAGCCUCCGCCCGAGGCGCUCAAGGAGGCGGCGCUGCGGUACAGCUUGGCCGACGAGGCGUCCAUGGACAGCGGGGCGUGCUGGCAGCGCGGGAGGCUGGCGCUGCGCCGCGCCGCGGGCCCCGACGGCCCGGACCGCGUGCUGGAGCUCUUCGACCCGCCCAAGAGCUCAAAGCCCAAACUGCAAGCAGCCUGCUCCAGCAUCCAGGAGGUCCGGCGGUGCACACGCCUGGAGAUGCCCGACAACCUCCACACCUUCGUGCUCAAGGUGAAGGAGCGGACAGACAUCAUCUUCGAGGUGGGGGACGAGCAGCAGCUGAAUUCGUGGCUGGCCGAGCUCCGGGCGUGCACAGGCCGAGGCAGGCUGGGGCACAGCGAUUCAGAGCCACGUGUCCCCUCCCCCCUGGAGCCCAGCACGCCCAGGGGAAGCACAGACGCCCCUAACCAAGCUGCUGCUCCUGGGGGGCUGCUGGACCCAGCUUGCCAGAAGACGGAUCAUUUCCUGUCCUGCUACCCCUGGUUCCACGGCCCCAUAUCCAGAGUGAAGGCAGCACAGCUGGUGCAGCUGCAGGGCGCGGGUGCUCACGGAGUGUUCCUGGUGCGGCAGAGUGAGUCCCGGCGUGGGGAGUACGUGCUCACGUUCAACUUCCAGGGCAGAGCCAAGCACCUCCGCCUGUCGCUGACCGAGCGGGGCCAGUGCCGUGUGCAGCACCUGCACUUCCCCUCGGUCGUGGACAUGCUGCACCACUUCCAGCGCUCGCCCAUCCCACUCGAGUGCGGCGCCGCCUGCGACGUUCGGCUCUCCAGCUACGUGGUAGUUGCCCCCCAGCCACCAGGCUCCUGCAGCACCGUCCUGUUCCCGUUCUCCCUCCCUCGCUGGGAUUCAGAGCUGGGCCUUCCCCACCUGGGCUCUUCUGGCUGUCCCCAGGGGCUCAGCCGAGAGGGUCACCCAGGCCGAUCCUCGCCACCUGAGCAGAUCUUCCACUUGGUGCCUUCGCCCGAGGAGCUAGCCAACAGCCUGCGGCACCUGGAGCCAGAGCCCGGGAGUCGAGCCAGGGACUCAGACUACGAAUUGGACACAUCCUCACGGAGCCACCUGCGGGCCAUAGACAACCAGUACACAGCGCUGUGACGACACGGAGAUGCGGAACGUGCCCAUCUUUCCUUCCUUCCAGUGAGAGACUGAAGGGACACUGGUCACUGUGCUGUCCAGGGUGGAUGUGACCCUCUUAUCAGGCCUGUUAAAGGGCCUCCGCGAGUCUCCCAGCGGGAACCUGCACUGUCAGGGGUGAUGACAGACUUUCUGCUGUUGGGGGAGGGGGUGAUCAGGAAGUCCAAAACACUACCAAGCCCCGGAUUCUCACGUGGCUUCCCCACUGUAGCUCCAACCUGUGGCGCUACACCUCGUUCUGUUCUCAGCUUCAAGACAAACGCUGUAUCAGAGGGACAAGCUCAAGGUCAAAAAUGAUUUAAACAUUUUACCUCAGGUUAGUUUUUAAAGAAUUCAGGUUUCAAAACUAAAUCAGUGCUUAUUUCUUUGCACUGUUCCACCUUGCACCCCUGCGGUUCUGUCGCCAGACAGCCACGCAGACCCUGCUGUCGCCCCCCUCCAGGGCAGGCAGCCACUGUCCCGCCCCAACACGGAGCAGUGAAGUAUGCCACCCUUUCAGGGAACGUCAGGCAAUGAACCGCAAUAGGGCGGCAAGGAAGAGUCCCUACCCUGGUGCCUUAUGAAUAAAAAAGUGGAUUCUGGUUCACAGCCGCUUGACGGUGAGAGUAAAUUAGUGGUGGUGGGUACGUGUGGCAGACAAGCAUAAAGGGAAGGCGGACUCAGCCCCCAUCCCACAGCCUACUCAAUGACAACACCGAGUCUACUACCCCACGAGUGGGUCUGACUCCUUUGGACCCAAAAUGGAAGCCAGGGCACAGCGGCCACCCCUGGGAGGGUUCCCAGGGCUAGCAGAUCUGCACCUAGACUUGCCUUUCCAAAGUGCUGAGAUUGGGGGGGGAGGGGCUGACUCCUUCCCACCUUCCCGUGGCGGCCUGGGGAACAAGGGGGCAAAAGUUCGCUCUGGCACCACCUCGUGGUGUGGUAUGUACAGGUGCAUCAGGCCCACAGCUGACACUACCAACUGCUUUCUCAAGGGGCAGGUUUGGUGUGCUCCUACUCUUCUCUAGCCCGAAGGAUCAGCCUUUUGCUUCUAAAAAUGCUCUAGAAGCUGGGGAAGCAGCCAUUAUUCCCAGGUGUUGUCAUGGACCAUAAAACAGGUUUAACACUCAUCCAGACUUGCAGUUCACUUUCACGGAUCCUGUCUUCUACAAUAAAGCAGGUUUCACCAUGAAACCAAGAUCAUUGCAGACCAUCAGUGCCUGGCUGCACAGGUAAGGGCCGGCGAGGUAUCCAACCACAGCUCUCAUCUCUUAGCAGACUUGGGCAGUGCCCACACACCAGGUACAGCAAACUUAGGGAUCUUUGCAGCCAGAAAGAAGCUAACGAAACUGGAAGUCAGCUGCCUCCACACUGCUGCUUUUCUGAGUGUGCUGUCCAAGUUUUAAGCAGGGCAGCUCGGGGACCUUCUGAAAAAAUCCCCCUGCUGGCGCUGGGACAAAGCGACACUAAGCUGAUGCCUUUUCUUCGUGCUAGAGUCAGGUCCAGCUGGAGGGGGUGGGGGCGGGAGGAGUGGGCUCAGUCCCUGGGCCAAAUGCAGCCUUCGCAGGGCAGGCGAGCGGCCCACUGCAGGCAUGGCCCGCCCCACUGCUGCUGGCGGGUGCCGAGGCCACGCCAGCCCUUGGAGAGUCUGGCUCCAAGCACAGCUGCACAGCGAGCCUCACGGCCCCUCCCGCCUGCUCUGCUCGCAACCACAAGUGCCGCCGCACAGCCCCCAGCAGCCUCACUCCCGUCGUCUACUACUGAGCUUCGGCAAACUAACAGUCACCAGCACCAAAGAAUUAAGUCAACUAACCUGCCUUGACUUUUAGACCAGCAAUCCAUAGGGCUUUAUCUGGUAUAAAUCUUCUGCCUUUCAUCAGUUCUGGACCAUGUAGGAGAAAGGAAUGGCAAUCAUUAACAUCUUGGGCCAGAACACUGUUUUUACUUAACAGUUUCUUAGCCUCACUCAAGGCCCCUGAGGGCCUCCUGAGAUCCCCCGCCGUUGCAUUUUUAUUCGGGGCUAAGCCUCUUCUGUGGGCGUCUCCCACAGUCUUAGGGAACUCAAUAGUGCCCUGCCCACUGCUCUGAACACAUCUGACACCCAGUGUCGGGCUGGGGUGAGCGCACUGUGAUGACACAAGUGAGCUCACCUUGUUUCACUCUAGGCAGAAAGGUAUCUGGCAAAGUUUUUUGUAUUGUUUAUGUACUAUAUAUAAGUAACUUAUUCUGAAAUAAUGCACAUUUUGCUAUAAUGUACAAAUUGCUAUGUGAAUUAAAGUUUUCAGACUUUU